UCUUCGUUGCCUCCUGGUAUGUGCGUAUCAUUCUUCGUUGAUCUUCAGUUAAUCGGUGUUAGUUUACGUUUCGUCUUGAUUUUUCCCUUUCUUUGUUUGAUGAAUGAAACGAGGGAUAAAUUGUUACUGUUCGAAAAAGAUCAUAGCAAUUAGACCAAACUAUUGCAUGUUCUCGAGUCCCUUUCUAAUUUUCGCUAGAGAAAAUUUUGUUUUCAAGUUGUUCUAUUGGGGUGUGAAAGAUCGUAAUUGAUCAUUAGCAGUUUAAAUUCAUAUCAAAUACUGUUUAUAAAUUAUAACAUCAAUACUGCCUAUUAAUUUACUUCGGCAUUGGAUGUUGAACAUAGAAAACUAGUUCCUGUCUUAUUUUGUAACCUUCCUUUGUGAAUUAUAUGAAUAUUGGGUAAUUAUUAAUUACUCAUCUUUCUGGGGUAAUUUUCAUUCUUUGAUCGGCUUUUUUCUUUCACUAUUUUGUAUUUCUUUUCGCUGGCACAAUAGUUGGUGAUUGCAAGGAUGUAAAGGACGAGACAGUCCUCUUUGAUGAUACAUGGGAGCUUGAUAGUCCUUUAGAAGAAAGCCAGUUGGAGAAACUUGAUUUUGACACCAUAGUAGUGGAUGAUCCUGAUAGCAUGAACAAUGUAGAACUUCAAACAAAAUGUGAGUAUGAGGAGGAGGUUGUGCUGGACAGUGAGGAUGAAGGGAUUUCUAGAACCAAGUUAGCUAGUUCUGUGGACAAGUUUUCUUUCGAUAAACCUGGUAGAAGAGUUAAAGGGAACGGGAUGAACUCACAGAAGAUGCACCUUUAUAUACUUGACGAACAAGCUGAGUACUUAGUGCCCUAUUCUUGUGGAUCCAUUGAUGAUCAACAUGCAACAGACUCACUUGAAGGAGACAAAAAAUUGACAUCUAAUUUUGAGACUUCUGAUUUGGGACAAGAUAAUAAGUUCGCAAAGGUUAACUGCAGUGGUUCUCAGGAACCUGGAGGUUCCUCCCAAGCUAAUGCACUUAACUUUGUGGAUCACUUCUUGUCACUUAACGAUGUGGCCUUGUCUCCAAGAACGGAUUCCACAAAAACAAUGAAGGAAAAGUCGCCUCAUGUCUCAAGUGCCAAGGGAAUUCAUAGUUUGGCAAAGCGAAUUGUACUCGGAACGCCAAAUGGAGAAAAAGAAAUCUUCAAGUGGGAUGAUGGUGAUCAGCAAGGUGAAGCUGAUUUCUUUCGCAAUAAAUCUGAGGUAAGGCAUCAGAAGGCUAGGCUUUUUGACAGUUCAGGAAGUAAGAGUUCAGCUAACAAGGAUAAACAGAAGCAAGAGUUUGCAAACCUUGAGCAGGAAAUAAUGGCUUCAGCUCCUUCGAAAUCAAGCUUUCCUGUUCAUGGUUCAAAAGAGAUCUGCAGCAUGGUGCAAGUUUCUGAUAUGAAGAUUGAUAAUAACUCUAUCAAGGAGUUGGAAGAAGACCGGUAUGUGAAGAUAUCAGAAGAGUUGCAGCAGUUUGAUGCUUGUAGUAUCAGCGAUUCACUAGACAUGUGUGAUGUCGGGUUUAACACUCAAAUAGCUGCUGAAGCCAUGGAAGCUUUAGCAUAUGCCCCUCCUGCUAACUGUGCUACUGGUGAUGCUCAUUAUGAUACAUGGGAUAACCUUGAAGUUUCAGGUGUCAAUUUAACUUGGAGUAAAGCUCAUGCCGGCCAUCCUUACCCUCAAGAAAGUGUGUGCUUUAAUGUAGGAGAUGUUUCAGUAAAGCGAAAACAAAGAACAGGUCCUGUUGAAAAUUUCCAAGGUACUUCCAAUUCGUCUCAGAAGCACUUUGAAAAUCAGGAUAUAGAAACUAAAAUAAGGAGAACCAAGUCGUUGGCCGGGAGACAAUCAAUUGCUAGGAUUUGUGCCCAUGCGAGUGAAAUUUCCGAGAGAUCCCCAAAGGUCAUAAAGCAUGGAAAAGUGGGCAGGGUCAAAAGGCAGAAUAACAGUAAAGCAUGUGAAAAUAGUAUUUCAUCAAUUGCUGCUGGACACAUUUCUCCUGUCAAAGGAAACGAUCAAGUAGUGCUUGUUUCCCACCAAACCAUGAAUCAUGUGAUAGAGGGUGGAGCAAGAAUGUGCCAGGACCAAUUUGAUAGUACUGGGGAAAGGACAAAUAAUGAUAUGGCGGGUGGCAUCAUCACAUACAAAAGGAGGAGGAGUUUAUCGGCUAAUCCACCAUUGGCAUCAAAAUUUCCCGAAUUGCGUCUUGGCUCAUCUGCGAGAACUAGUAACAACACAAAUGAACCGGAGCAAACCAGUGUGGAUGUUGAUUCUCUAACAAGUUAUUUAAGAUUGGAUUCAUGGAAUUAUCCUAAAAGAAAAAGAACACCCCAUAAAGUGCAAAGCAAUUCUGGCAGAGCUAAUAGACUGUUUGCAUCAUUAGUUACAGCUGAUGAGAAAGUAAGCGCUGCUCAUUCUAAGAGAAGGCAGAAGUUGGAAGAAAAUGUAAGAACAGCUUGCUUAAAUGCAAAAUCAAAAUCAAAAUCAUGGGACUAUCCUACAGGAAAAAGAAGUUUUUGUAGAGUGGGAAACAAUUCCAACAGACCUAAUAAUUUGUGUUCUUCAUUUGUUAUAGUCAAGGAGAAAGAAAGUGAUAGUCAUCCUAAGAAAAGUCAGACAAGGUCGAACUACAAUACUACAGAUGUCUGUGCAAAAGGUGCGUUGGUAGUAACAUCCAAGAAUUUGUCUGAUAAAUGUCACAACAAGACACGCAACAGAAGCCUACCAAAGUCUUCCUCAAGAGAGCGUGUUGGAUUGGCUGCCCCAAAAUCAAAACCUGAAUUUACAUGGAAAGAUUUGAGGAGGCGGAGAGUUAUGACUUAUGUUCGAGUCUUGUUUAGCCAACAUUUGGGUGAUGUCAUUAUCAAGAAGCAAAAAAAGAUAUUGACACGGUUGGGAGCCUCCGUUGCAUCAUCUUUGAUGGAUGCAACUCAUUUUGUAGCCAACAGGUUUGUACGUACUAGGAAUAUGUUGGAAGCCAUUGCUCUCGGCAAACCAGUGGUGACCCAUCUAUGGCUUGAGAGCUGCAGUCAAGCAAGCAGUUUUAUUGAUGAGAUUUCAUACAUCUUGAGGGAUACCAAAAAGGAGAAAGAAAUCGGCUUUCGCCUGCCUGUGUCACUGGCUCAGGCAAUGCAGAAUCCUCUUCUAAAGGGUCGAAGAGUCUUUAUCACAUCAAGUAUAAAACCUGAUAAAGAAAUGCUUGCUUGCUUGGUCAAGGCCGUCCAUGGUCAGGUGGUGGAGAGUUGGCAGAUUCCUUUAGCAGAGGAUCCAAAUCUCCAAGAUGAUUUAUUGAUUCUUUCUUGUGCAGAAGACCAUGCUAUCUGUUUACCUUUCCUUAAGAAAGGAGCAGCAGUUUAUGAAUCAGAACUACUACUGAAUGGGAUAGUUAUCCAGAAAUUGGAAUAUGAGAGGCAUCAGCUCUUCGGACAUCAGGGCAUGAGAAAUCGCCCAAAGUCGAGGUCGAGAUGGUAAUGUAUCCGUGCUUUCCUUAAGGUAAGUGACGGACCGGAUCCAAUUCAAUUUUGUAUGAUCUGAAAUAUGUUUCUCUCUCAAGAGUGGAGAUAUUGGCUGGCUCCAGAGACACAGCAAAGUGGAGUGCAUUUUUGGUUCACAUGUGUUCACGCAUAGUUUUCAAAAGGUUGCUCAACAUUCAUCAAUUACAGCUCUUCUACUUUCCAAUCCAGAAAAACCACAUGAAACGGUGUAGAAGCUUGGCCCAUAAUCAAUCACUUACCAUCCUUACCAGGAAUGCUAUCCAACAAGCAAUAACUCCAGCACAAAUUUAGGCAUAAACCAUGAAUUCUUAAAUAAAGCAAAGCAUAUAGACCACAACUCUGUAGAGGAUAUGUUAAAGAAGAUUAGCAGAUUCCCCACAUCCUACUAGCGUAGAACCAUCAAUUAAGCACCAUAACCUUUCUUUACUACAGUAGCAGCAGUAAGAAUACAUAAAGGAGCUGGCUGCUAUCAUCGCAAAUAUAUGUGGAUGUGUCAAAAUGAUCAACUUCCAGCUCUGCGGUCUUUGACUCCCAUCAAGGAUUCAUCAUUUACUGAGGUACUUCCAUAAUUUGUUCCAUGUCAAGCGAAAGAGCCUCCAUGAUACCAACUUUUUAUUCACCAAAAGAAAGCCAAAUUUUUUACAAUGACAAGUCAAUUUAGGCCCAAGGAUCACUGUAAUUCCAGCAAUGAGAAGUCAGUAAGUGUCACAAUAAUCGCAGUAAUACCUGGAAUUAAAAAAAAGAGAGAGAAUUAGCAAAAUUCCUCUCUACAGGAGAAAUGGAAACGUUUUAAUGAACAAAAAAGACUGAAGAUCGAAUCGAGGCAUGGCUGCUCGAGACCAG